AUGACUGAAGAAACGAGGUCACCGUGGGCCGUUAAACUUGGAUGGUUACUGACAUUUGCAUUGUACGUCGUACAAGCGUGUAUCCUUUUAAUCUUAGUGGAGAAACAUCACGAUAUAGGAGCGUUUGCGACCUGUAUUGUACUGUUCCUCUUGGUUGCUGUAGCUGUGGUUAUCUUCUUCAUAUUUCUUCGUAAACGGGAAUUGUGGUAUGCUAGCGAAGAUAAAGAUAUCCGCUUUGUGUGGGCUAUUUGGGGCAUAUAUAUCGUUGUUUUUACCAUCACGGUUGCUGUGAUAUUUUGUAAAGUUGCCGAGAAGCUCACAAAAGAUCAAGAUCUUGGUAUCAAUGCAUUGAAAGCCACGCUUUGUAUUGCUCCAGUAUUGUUAAUACUCUUGCUACAACUAAUGAUUUGUCCAUCCUAUCGAAAACCUCUCCUAUCCCUGUCCAUAUUCGCCGCGUUGAAUAUCUUCGACGGGAUUGAAAUGCUGGAAAUCGUCCUGAUGCACUACGAAGGACAUUUUGAAUUGAACACCGCGACAGAAAACUCCAUAAUUGCCUUCGCCUGUAUAUGUUUCCUUCUCUCACCGCUGGGUUUGAUUCGGAAUAAGUUUGAGGCAAAUGGAGUGGUAAAAGAAAGGGAAAAAACAUCGAUGAUUCUUGGUCCAAUAGAAAUAAUUGGGACGAACUUACCAUUUCUGAUCUUACGAGCUGUCGUUUGGGGUGUAUAUAAAUACGAAGCUUCUGUAUUUAUUGCAAAGAAUAUUGUCUCGUUAGUCGUUGGCUUUGUAGAGUUUUGCAUCCAUAAGAAAUACAUUAAAUGGGGCGAGGAAAACUAA